AUGUGGCACGGCAUGACCGGCCGCCGAUUGGCCCGGCGCCAGCAUGCCGCGGCCGUGCGCAACGGGACAGCAGGGCUGGGACCGCCCGCGGCCUCCCAAUGUGCAGCGGCCGGCGGAUCAGCCGGGCUGCAGAGCGGGGCGGAUCUCAUCGCACGAUCCAUCCCGUGGCAGCUGCGGCGCGCGCCCUGCGCCGCCGGCUAUGCGGCUAAAAAGCUCAAAGGUUCCAAGUGCAUCAAAUGCGCCAAGGGCCUGUUCGCGCCGGCGGCCAAGAUUGGCAGCUUGAUCUGCGGGAAGUGCCCCGCCAACACCGUGCUCAACGUCUACAGCAACCGCUGCGUGGGCCUCCCCGGCUACAUCGUGAACGACGACGGCACAGUGCGCGAGUGCAGCGUUGACAAGUUCUGCAUCAACAAUGUGGAGCGCGACUGGUGGGCCGCCCCGCCCUGCCGCGCCCCGAAGCGACGGGAGAUGUGA